UCACUCUCUGUCAGGCCUUCCAAGCCUUCCAAUUUGGGCUGGAACAGACUGAACGGCAACCGCCGCCCGUGCCAACCUCGGCUCCCCCGUUGUCUUGGCUCCUCCUGAGAUCAACACUAGACUCCAUCGACCUCCCGACACCACCUCCACGCACCCAUGAUCAUCGACUACCGCCGACUCUUCUAACUUUUCCCCUGGCCGUUUCUUGUUUCUCUGUUUUUUGUUUGUUCUUGUUCAACCAACCAUGUGAUACGACCUCCAUCCCGAUAAACGAAUGAUACACCCACGCCAGCCUUGAACCCUCGAAUCCGAAUCCCUCCUAAUCCGAUCCGAUGAGCGACACCAAGUCCCCCCCUCCAGGGCCUCCGCCUUCCGCUCCUGCUCCCGCUCCUGCUCCCGCUCCUGCUCCCGUUCCCGCUUCGGCUCCUGUUGCCGCUCCCGCCGCCGCCGCGCCGACUAUCCCUCCUCCUACCUUGCCGGCAAACAACACCUUUGCCCUCGCCCAGCAGCGACUAAUCGCCCGCCGACAGGCUCGUGAGACAGAGAACGCCGCGCGCCUCGCCGCCCAGCGCUCGGAAUCCCAACUACGGUCUCGCAUCGCCGCCUCCCAAUCCCCUUUAAUCCGACGCCUCGGCUCAUCCACCCUCUCUCUCUGGGAUGCCAUCUCCUCGCGCGAGGGCACACGGCCCGCCUUCCGCGUCGGCCAAGUCGACGCCGAACUUCUCGACGCCGAGCUCGUCGACCUCCUCCGCACCCAGGUCGGCGACGCCCUAAAAUACAUUGGCGGCGGCGUCUCGUCGACCCUCAAAGACGAAUGGGACGCCGAGAUCCUGCUCAUCCUGCGCGCCAUCCUCUUCAAGCUGACCAUCUGGGACCACGACGCGACCUACGGCGCCGCGCUCCAGAACCUGCGCUACACCGACGCCCGCAAAAACGGCCCCGUUCUCCAGCCGCCAUCGAAGCUGCAAAAGAGCCUGUACGGCUUCGUCACCGUGGGCGGCAACUACCUCUGGACCAAGUGGGAAACCUACCUGCUCGACCACGACGAGGCCUCGUCCUACUCGCUCGAGGGCCCCAACCCCAACAUCCAGCGUCUCGGCCGCCUCACCGAAUCGAUCGGCACCUUCCACGCCUUCGCCUCCUUCGCCUCCUUCCUCGUCUUCCUCCUGCACGGCCGCUACCGGACCAUCCUCGACCGGCUCCUGCGCAUGCGUCUGGCGCCGCCCACCUCGCAGGUCUCGCGCGAGGUAUCAUUCGAGUACCUCAACCGCCAACUCGUCUGGCACGCCUUCACCGAGUUCCUUCUCUUCGUCCUCCCCUUAGUGGGAAUCAACCGCUGGCGCCGCUGGCUAGCACGCACCUGGCGCCGGACCAAAUCCAUUCUCUCCACCUCGGCCAGCAACGAUCCCACCCAAAACAAGGGCGGCGAAUUCGCCUUCCUCCCCGAACGCACCUGCGCCAUCUGCUACCAGGACCAAAACAGCGCCAAGUCCGAAGCCGAGCUUCUCGCCGCCGCCUCCUCCUCUUCAGGCGUCGUCGGCUCCGCCCAGACCGACAUCACGAACCCCUACGAGGCCAUGCCCUGCGGCUGCGUGUACUGCUUCGUGUGCGUGGCGACGCGCAUCGAGCGCGAGGAAGGCGAAGGGUGGACGUGCUUGCGGUGCGGCGAGCUGGUUAAAGAAUGCAAGCCUUGGAAUGGCGAUGUCUUGUCGCCCUCUGAAGCGCAUGCAGCGGCGGCGAAUAGUGGCGGGAGGAACGUGGCGUUUGCGGCUGGCGUAAAAGAGCGACCUGACUUGAACAGACUGUCGACGGAGAGCAGCGGGAGGAGGAGUAGUAGUAAUCGGGUCUCGUUUGAUGAUGAGGUUAGGGAACGGAGGAGGGUGUCGUUUGAGGAUGAGAUUAGACCGGGCGAGGAUGCGGCUAGUGAUGAUGGGCCGGUUCGGGUGCCAGAAAAGAAAGAGACGCAGCAGACGCAAACGACGAGGGCGAUAGGAGUGGGUGCGGGUGCGGGUGAAAGUGAGGGCGAGACGGCGAGCAGUACGAAGGCUGAUCAAGAGGAGGAGGAGGAGGAAGACGACGAAGAAGAAGAAAGAGAGGAAGAAGAAGAAGAAGAGGAGGAGGAGGAGGAGACACAAUCAAGUGGUGACCUUCAGACAAGUUCUGACGCCGAGGACGCCGAGGACGACGAAGAAGAAGAAGACGAAGACGAAGAGGAAGAAGAGGAAGAAGAAGAAGAGGGCUCAGACUCGGGAUCCGAAGGUUCCGAUUCCGAAGACUACGAAGCGGAAGAAGAGGAACUUGGUCAAGAUCUUGCUUUCUAGUUCUCAUACCAUACCAGACACCCGAUUUGGUCAUUGUCAUCAGAUACUUAAGAUGGCUGGACAGACAGAUGGAUUCAAAAUUCAACGGGCGGGCGGGUUGUCACAACAUGCAACGUUGCAGAGUACGAGCGAGCGAGCAUUAGAUGGAGCAGGCAAGCAAGCGUGCAAAUUAUUUUCAGUGUAUAUGAAUGACAGACACAUCUAAGUACAAGUACAGUCAGGAAAGGUAAAGGGGUGACAAAUAAGAGUACUAUUCUAGUGCAAUGUGUGGGUACUCAAGCCUUUGUCAAGAUGAAAUAUGGACGGAGCGAGAGACCGGAUAAUACUACAUAAUGAUGAUACCCGCUCUCAG